AUGCCUACUCAGUACGAAGAGGAGGUGUACAAGGAGUGGAGUGAUAAAGUCGGUAGUGACAUAAUAUCUCUGAAAGUUCCUGGCCAAAGCAUUAUCGUCCUGAACUCGGCUGAUCACGCUAAUGAGCUGCUCAACAAACGAUCAUCGAUCUAUUCAGAUCGUCCAUACAUCCAUAUGAUCGCCAGUCCAAAGCUUACGGGAUGGGGAAAGGGAGCAGCCGUCUCUAGAUACAAUGAGCACUGGAAAGCACAACGGAGGUAUAUGCACGAUGCACUCGGCAAGAAAUCGGUCAAGAUGUUUUGGCCCUUGAUCGAGCGGGAUGUUCGCUUCACCGCACGGAAAUUUCUGGAUAAUUCUAGCCCUGAUGAUAUCGUUUCUGAGAUUUGUAGGAUGACAGGAUGUAGUAUUUUAUCCGCCGUCUACGGGUACGACACAACUUCGGCCGAGGACCCAUUAGUGAAAAUAGUACAAGUCGCUUUGAACGGGUUCAUUCAGGCGGCUGCUCCUGCGAAUUUCCUCGUUAACUACUUUCCGUUCCUUGAAAUCAUCCCUUCAUGGUUUCCUGGGGCUGGGUGGAAGCGUCUAGCAGAAACUUGGAGGAAAGACAAAGAUAAUAUGAUAGAAAUUCCGUACAACUGGACAAAGCAGCAGAUUGCAUCUGGAACAGCCCACCCGUCCAUUGUUAACACGCUCUUGGCCAAUCUACGCAGCAAAACUUCCGGAUCCCAUGGAUUCGUAACGCCGCUUGAAGAGCAGGAGGAUCCACUCAAGUGGGCGGUCGGGUCUUUGUUUGGAGCUGGGAGCGAAACAUCGGCCUCGUCGAUUCUUGUGACCAUCCUAGCCCUGAUACGUCACCCCGAGAUCCAGGCCAAAGCCAGACAAGAGCUGGAUGGCGUACUUGGAGGGGAGCGCCUUCCAACUCUACAAGACCGUGAUAGUCUACCGUACAUGUGUAAUAUCAUAAAGGAAACUUUGCGCUGGAGGUCGGUUCUUCCGACAGCUAUUCCACAUUCAUGCACUCAAGAGGAUACAUACCUUGGGUACCGUAUACCAAAAGGAUCAAUUAUAUUUGGGAAUAUAUGGGCGAUCAGCAACAAUCCCCAGGUCUACCCGGAGCCGAGCCGAUUCAACCCGGACCGGUUUCUCGACCCGGCUGUGCCUGACGCGCCAGCCUUUGGAUUUGGAAGAAGGAUUUGUCCGGGGGUCCAUUUCGCCGAGGCUACUAUUUUUAUGGCCAUCUCGACUUUACUGGCAGUUUUCGACAUACAACCUGGUCGGGACGAGAACGGAAAUCCGGUGAUUCCUGAUGCGAGAAUGGGGCCUAGCUCUUUAGUGAGGUGA